AUGGCCACCGUAACAAUCGGAAGACCCUAUUUUGACGCCCUCUUGCGCAGGGCCGAAUUACAUGCUCCCACUCAGCAUGUCAAGUACGGCACUGAUCUCUACAGCAAUGUCACCAUCAGCAAGGCUGAGCACGACUACAUGGUUCAAGCACUACGAGAGUACCAUCUUCUCAAAAGCGCUCUGUUCCGCGGGGGCCUGACGGUCGAGACACUGGAUACCCUUCUUCAAGACGAGGGCACUGCCACAAACGAAGAGCCGUUAGGAUACGAUUACGAGUCAGAGACUGCGCCCGUCCGGGCCAGAACCAGAGCACUCGCAGGCACAGAACAUGAGCGACAUACGAUCAGUCAAGACGCACACUCGGCAGCAUCUCCUCAUCAACGCCUUCGUGGUUCUGGAGAGACCGGGACUUUCACCUAUGGUACAGAGAGCCAACUAGAUGACGAUGAAGACGACCAGACCCAGUCCCCGAGUCAGCUAAUUCCGCUUCAUGCCCAGCGGACUGUACUAAUCACGAACCUACCGGAACGCACUACCCACAAAGACUUGGCAAACAUCGUACGAGGUGGUAGGCUCUUGGACAUAUUCCUUCGCCACGAUCGAUCAGCCACCAUCUCCUUCGUUGAAGGUGCAAGCGAAUUUCUUGCAUAUGCCAAGCGUAACGAUAUAUACCUGCACAUGAAAAGGCUCGACUUCCGCUGGAACGAUAGACAAUUCUACGUGCCCUCACACGUAGCUAUCAAGAUUUCCAAUGGAGCCACUCGGAACCUCGUAGUACGAAACAUUGCAGGGAAACUUACGGCAGAUCAGAUCAAGGAUCACAUAGACCAUAUCCACAACCUAGUCGUGGUCCACAUCUACUUCAAGAACGGAGAUGCACACAUAUCCACCAAUUCCAUCCACAACGCCCUCUUCGCCAGGACCUGCAUGAUGUCGCGCACUGUAUACAAAGGCGCACGCAUUGAAUACUACCCAGACGAAUGCGCUCAGCCACUCCCCCAGCCUACCAAAGUUCAUACCCAACCUCAACGCGCCCCCACGAAACCCGCACCUCUCGUCAACCAAUAUGCUCUUCUGGACAUCGGAUCAGAUGAUGACUCCGAGUCUGAUGAAGACUCAUAUGGGAUCCACGGUGUGCAGGUUGGUGGCUGUCGUUUGCCCAAUGGUGUAGCAGUAUAG